AUGGUGUUCAAGUGCCUCACCCGCGCCAUCGUUGCCGCGUUGGCGACCCUCGCCGUCACCGUGACCGGGGCGCCGUUCAACCCGGCCGACUACAAGAUCCUCACAAUCUCGGAAUUUUCAUCCAGCUUCGAAACUCAGACACUCCUCGCACUCAACUACCAGGUCACACAAGUGUCAAAAGUCGACUUUGUAGCCAUGACUCCCACGGAUUUCGGCAGAUACCACGCCAUCUUCAUACCAGAUACGGGGGUCUGCGACGACAAGACCGUAUUGGACUUUAUCGGAUACAACCCGACAGCCUAUACCAACCUGGCAACCGCUGUCACUGGACGCAUGUUUGUCGUCGGCAUGAGCCUCUCCUGGGAAAGGGACCUGCGAAAUCGAGUGAUCGGUUAUGACACCGACCAGGUUCAAGAUUUCCUGGCCGAGGCCACCGUACACCUUGUCACAGCCCCGGCCGUUGCUCUGUGGCUGAGCGUGGGCUGCUCCUAUGUCAAUGUCGAUGGUCCCGCGGAGCAGGUCAUGGCACUCAGGGGUUUCGGAGAUUUUCGCGCGCGCACCCCUUACGAAGCCAACCUGGGAGGCUGCCCAGGCAACGUCUUCUAUCACGACGGCGCUCAGGGACUGUUCCCAGAUGUCCCCGAGCGCGAGCUUCAGCGGUGGGAAUGCCCUGCUUCGGGAGCGUUCCCGGAGUAUCCUCGUGUCGAGAACGUGUUGGACUACGUCAUCUACGACACCGAAGCGACCACUCCGUCUAAUGACCAUGUGCCCACCUUGAUCGGGAGGGAGAUGCUGGCCCCGGCCUGCGGCAAUGCUCGAGUAGACCUCGCCUUUGGCGAAGAGUGCGACCUGGGCACUCUGCUGAACGGCAGAGACGACACCAUCUGCACCAGCGACUGCAAGUGCGUCAUGGGGCGCUCCUCCAACGCGGACUACGCUCCGUGCAACCCCCUGCCGUGCCGCUACGGCGCCAGCCCCCAGACAGGUCAGUGUCUGCCGUCCAAUGGGUGUGGGGACGAGUGCGGGACAGAUCUCUGCGACAGCGACUGCAGGUGCAAGUAUGGCUUUGACGCCGAGAUUGCGGAAUGCAAGAGUUCGAGCUCGACGACGACCAGUACCACCGAUACGAGCACGACACUGUGCGAUUCUACCGGUGGUUGCCAGACCUCCACCUCCCCGACUACUGAGCCGACGACGGUGCCAACGUCCAGCCCAGUCUCGCCCACCAGCUCAGGGUCCCCAUCCUCUCCAUCGUCCCCAUCGUCGCCUUCGUCGGGGGCCCCGACCAGACCUACGUCCUCUGGUGCUCCUGAGACGCAGAGCACAUCCCCAGCCACGCCGACGUCAACACCUUCGAAUGACGGCCUGCCGCCCCGGGUGGACCAGUACGUGUUCAAAGCGUGCACAGGCUCGAUCGAGAACUAUCCUUCUUUCCGGCACCAGUUCUACAGCGACAGGAUGACCUUGAAGCUGUGCAUCGCCGGCUGCAAGGGAAGUAUCUACGCCGGUACUCAUGUCAUGUUCGGACUGCUACUGCCCGGCUCCUACGACGCCAUAGUCGAGGUCGCCAAGGACCGCUGUAACGUCCCAUGCCCUGGCAACCCUCGCGAGAGCUGCGGCGGCUUCCGCUCAAACAUCACUGAAGGCCUGGGGCGCCGCGACGCCGGCUCCGACGUCGUCCGCCGCCAGGGCGGGCCCGUCCCUUCCAACGCGCUGCUUGCCAUCUAUAUCUUUGCCCCGAUCAACCCGACCGCCAGCUCCGGCCAGAACGGCGGCGGCACGGCGGGCAGUACAGGAGGCGCCACCAACACCGCCGCGAAUACCAAUGGCGCAACAGGCGGCGCAGGCGGCGUGGUCGGCGUGACCAAUACCGUCGUCGCCACCGCUGCGUCGACGGUCACCGCCGGAGGCAGCGAGGGCGGGGAUGGAUACGGCGGCUUCGGGCCCCACGGCGGCGGCCCCGGUGGCUCCGGCCCCUGCGCCACGGGCUUCUGCCACGCCCGCGGGUACUUGUUCGAGCUGUGCCACGGCGACUUCCGCCCCGGCGAGGCCCUCUUCGUGCUUGAGGCCUGCAGCUGCGCCGGCGGCGCCCGCUACGUGGCCGCCGGAUGCGGCGAUGCCGCGUCGUGCGGCUCGCUCGUCGUGUACCGCGCUGUGCCUUAUGCCGGCGACGACGACAGCGGCAGCGGUAAUGUCACCGUGUACCAGCCGCAGGUCUGCACGAGCUGCGCCGGCGGCGUCACGUUUGAGCAGAGCAACCAGACCGAGACGGCUGUUGUCACGGGCGGCGGCGGCGGCGGUGGUUCCCAACAGACAAACGCUACUGGCGUUGUCGUGGUUGUUGCGGGCACGAGCAGGCUUGCUACGUACCUGAGCUCCAUCGUGGUCUUUAUUGUUGGUUUCCUUCUACUGUAG